AUGACCGUGACAUGGACGACGAGGCAAGCCGUGGAGGGACCCCAAGUGUGGUUUGCCUUGGCAAAUCAAACCCGCGCCUCCUUGAAUGACAUGCAGGUUGUUUUGGCAUCGACGAAAGUGUACUAUUCGGAGGGCGACUACUCCCUCUUCAACCACUAUGCCACACUUCCAGGGCUGCUUCCCCACAAGCGGUACGACUACAUUGUCGGUAGCAAGAAUCCAAACACAGUCACUUCCACACGUCACACGUUCACCACUGCGAAAGGAGCCGACGCCGACUCGUUCGCCGCCGCGGUGUACGGCGACAUGGGCGUACUCAAGAGUGACCAUUCAAUUGCGUAUCUCAAUCGUAUGGACGGCGUCGAUUUCUUUUGGCACAUUGGUGACACCUCGUACGCUGACGACGCACUCGAGCACCCUGGCACCGACAAAAAUGCCUUCAUGUACGAGCAUGUGUACAACGAGUUCAUGGAGAAGCUCGCACCAGCGAUGGCAUCGCGCGCGUACAUGGUAACCGUGGGCAACCACGAGGCCGAGUGCUACUCACCUGCGUGCCUCCGGUCCACAUUCAAGAAGGAUCACCUGGGCAACUUUUCGGCGUUCAAUACACGAUUUCACAUGCCGUCGCAGGACUCAAACGGCAUGCUAAACAUGUGGUACUCGUGGACGCAUGGGCCUGUCCAGUUCAUCAGCGUCAACUCCGAGAUCGACUUCCCUGGCGCAGUCCUAGACGAGCAGACAGGAACCCAUCACAACGGCGGGUUUGGAGACCAAUUGAAGUGGCUUGAGCAGGCGCUUGCCUCCGCCAAACGGCAACGUGACAUGUUCCCGUGGAUUUUUGUUGGCAUCCAUCGGCCGUUGUACAGCGUGUUCAUCGAGAACUCGACGUACGGCCGCCUGUCGCAUGUCCGGAAAGUCACGCGAGCGCUGCAAACUGCAUUUGAAGCCUUUUUCCUUGAGUAUCGUGUAGAUGCAGUCGUGGUGGGCCACGUACACUCGUACGAGCGCCACGUCCCGAUCGCUCACGGCCGCGCCGUCGUGGACGGUGUCAACGCGGCAAAAACGGGAUACGACAACCCGAAAGCCCCCGUCUACAUUCUAACGGGCGCCGCGGGGAACGUGGAAGACCUGACGCCAUAGUUGGAGGACGAAGGGAGUCACCCGCCCGAGUGGAAUGUCGUUUGGAACAACUCAGUCUAUGGGAUCGCGACUGUCCGAUGCAAUCGCACCCAUGUGACUUGGGCUUUUAUCGACACCACCAAGCGCAUCACCGUCG